AUGAAAGGUGAGCGGAAUGUGAUACCAAUUAAACGCAAGCACAGCAUGUCAAACGCCGUAGUGAAUGGGCUGGCCGGAGCCGGAGGAGGUAUUAUCGCUCAAAUCAUAACUUAUCCCUUGCAAACGGUGAAUACGCGCCAGCAGACAGAGAGACUUGCCAAGAUAGGUGCGGAUUCUCCUUCCCCUUCCAAUCGUCCCACAGCCGGUGCGCUUGUUCAAAUCUCCCAGGUGGUAAAAACCGAAGGCAUAGGUGGACUUUACAGCGGCCUGAAGCCUUCAUUGCUUGGCACCGCUGCUUCCCAGGGUGUGUAUUACUACUUUUACCAGGUCUUCAAAAACAAGGCUGAGAGCAUUGCAGCUGCCAACAGAAACAAAGGACGUGGGGAUGGUUCUGUUGGCAUGUUUACUUGGCUUGUUGUGGCAGCUUUGGCUGGGUCAUUGAAUGUAUUGCUGACUAACCCAAUAUGGGUCCUUGUGACCCGUAUGCAGACAAAUACUCAAGCAGCGAGAAAAAUUGUGGAGGCAAAGAGAGAAGCUCUAUUAAGGGAAUUUUCUGAAAGCAGUUUUUUAGGUUCUUCUUUGCAAGACAAAUUGGCUGAACUUGAUCCAAUAAAACCUCGUCCAUAUGGAACAUGGCAGGCGGUUGGCAUCGUUAACCUUUCUUUAUGCUGUUCAUCACUAGAGCAUUGGUAUUUUAGUUUGUUUACUUGCUCUGCUUACUCUGCAUGGCCUAUUCUUUUUGACUGCAAUACAUAGCUGAUAUUAUGUAGCCUAUCUUUUUUGAUUGCACAGCUUCAUUAGGAAAUGCUUUCAAUUGAGUUUUCACCCUUGCGAAUCAGUAAUCGCUUUAUUUGGUUGUUAAAUUCUUUGACUAUUUUCAUGCAAAGUACUUCAUUUAUGCAUUACCUUAUAUAUGCUGUGUGCUGAAUCGUGUACGGAAAGCUAAAUUCUCUCUCUCUCUCUCUC